CCGGCUUGUCCCGAAUAUAAUGAUUGUCUGACAUGUUACCUGUUUGCCGUUUUUAAUAUAGCUGGCGGUAGCAAAGGUGCGUAAAACAGGGAGUGAAUGAGUCAAGGAGCCGUGUACCUGUGAGUCCCGAUUCAGUUUUGCAAAAAUCCCCGGUUUUGAACGACUCGUUCAAUACUCGCACAUCUCCACUCAGCUGUCAAUCAUACGAUUUGUAUGUCGUGGUGACCCUCCACGCGUGUUAGGAAAAGUGUGCAAUCUUUGGACGCCUCCUUCGGGAUGGACAGCGAGGAUGAGGACGUGGAGGAGGUCGUGAAAGGUCCACUGGAUGAUGACGGCCAACCUCAUGGACUAUGCACCGUGACCUACUCAUCCAGUGAUCGCUUUGAAGGACACUUUACACACGGAGAGAAGAACGGGAAGGGCAAAUUCUUUUUCUUUGAUGGAAGUACCUUGGAGGGCUUCUACGUGGAUGAUGCUCUUCAGGGCCAGGGCGUGUAUACAUACGAAGAUGGAGGGAUCAUGCAUGGCACAUAUGUGGACGGUGAACUCAACGGGCCGGCUCAGGAGGUGGAUGGAGAAGGUCGUCUGGUCUUCAAGGGCCAGUACAAAGACAACACUCGCUAUGGGGAAUGCUGGGUGUACUACCCUGAUGGGGGCUGUAUGUUCGGAAAGGUGAACGAAGACGGGGAGAUGACCGGAGAUUCAUUAGCAUACGUCUACCCUGAUGGACGCACAGCCCUUUAUGGAAGUUUUGUGGACGGAGAACUCAUCCAAGCUCUGCUGGCCACCCUGACUGUUGGCGAGAGUGGAAGGCCAUCUUUUGAGGUCACGCCCAGUAGUGCAGUGUACACACAUGACAAGUCCACGUCCACCUGUAUCGCUACCCAUGCUUUGCUUCCUGACCCUUAUGAAAACCAGAGGGUUUUUGUGGCAGACUCCAUGAUCGAAGGUGCUGGACAGGGUCUGUUUGCCAAGACGGAUGCUGAAAGAGCCACUGUGAUGGCUUUUUACAAUGGAGUAAGAAUCACACACUCAGAGGUGGACAAGAGAGACUGGUCUUUGAACGGCAACACAAUCUCACUGGACGAGGAUACCGUGAUCGAUGUACCGCAGCCGUUUGACCAGACAGAGAGAUACUGUGCCUCUCUGGGUCACAAGGCGAACCACUCCUUCACCCCCAACUGCAAAUAUGACGUGUGUGUUCACCCUCGUUUUGGGUCGAUCAAGUGCAUUCGAACAUUAAGAGCUGUGCAGAAGGAUGAGGAGCUGACGGUUGCCUAUGGUUACGACCAUGCAGUGACUGGAAAGAACGGCCCGGAGGCCCCCGACUGGUACAAGCAGGAGCUCUUUCUGUUCCAGCAGAGACAGUCUGAAGAUGCAGUUAGUCAUUUUGGACAGUAAAACUACUAUCGGACUCACUUUAUAGAAAAGGUCAGUAUGAUGUUUGGCGCUAUCAGGCCUUUCAGUUGAAACAAUACAAGAUCUUAAUGCAAGAUUGAAAUGCUGAAUUUUGACCCACAAGUGCCAAAUUAUUCUCUCUGCUAACAAUGGACAAUCUAGGUAACCAAUUUAUUGUUUUUUUAGGACUUGUGAAGGCGAAAGAAAUUAUUUAACAAAGCUCUAGAACCAGUUUGUUCUGUGCCACAAAAUAAAAAAAAUUAAAUCCUCAUGCCAUCAGUUCAAAAUUGGGUUUUUGUCUUUGAGAUACUUUAAAUAAAGCAAACUAUUCUCAGCAUGCAAUAUAGGCAUCUACCCGUGCAUCUUUUUAUUACCGAAAACCAGGAUACUCGUCCGAGUGUCUUGUCCAGCCAUGCAGCCCCAUUUUAUAUAUUAAUGAAAAUCUGUAUUUUUUUAUUUAAUAUACAUGUUUACACUAAAACCUAUUAUACAAUGACAUUUAGGAUUUGUUAGCUUCUGAUAUUCAUGUGAACAUGUCAAAAAUGUACUGAAGUUAUCCAACAGCUGCACAGCUUUUACUUUCUGGGGAAAAGAAAAAAAAAACAGGAUAUGUCCUGGGAAAACAGAACAUUAUGUCACCCUGACUUGUAAAGCAACAUACAGCAUGUACCGAUGCUAAGACGUUAUGUGUAUUUCAAGAAAAAACUCUUUAUC